AUGAAACAAGUGCCUGUACCACAAAAGACACCACUAAUAACACUCCUCGACGAGAGAGAUGGAAUUUUCCAUACAAUGGGUGCCCCCCUGGCGCACACUUCCAAAGCCUUUGCCCCAACGGCAUGGCAGACAUUCAGCUCCGUUGGUCCCCUAAACCGUCCCAACGUUCGUAUCUUGAAUGGCCGCGCCACUGGCAUUGACCUGGCUGCGAAAAUGGCCACUUAUAGCACCGGUAAAACUGAGGAAUGUGUGGAAUAUGACUACCUGGUUGUCUCCACAGGCUCUAAAAGAUCAUGGCCUAUUGUACCAAAGGCGCUUGAUAAGGUCUCGUACUUGAAGGAUGCAGAAACUCAUAUAAACAGUCUCGAGAAUGCUUCGAGUGUAGUCGUCAUUGGAGGUGGAGCGGUUGGCAUCGAGGUCGCCUCCGAAUUGAAGAUUCUCUUCCCGUCAAAAACGAUCACACUCGUCCACUCCCGCGAGCAGCUCCUUUCCUCCGAGCCACUACCUGAUGAGUUCAAGCAAAAGGCAUUAUCCCUCCUGCAAGACUCCGGGGUAGAAGUAGUUCUCAAUGCUCGUGUUCUCAGCGACGAAGAGACAGGAGAUGGAUUUAAAGUCGUCCUGUCUACAGGCACAGAACUCACCGCCGAUAAAGUGAUUUAUGCAAUUUCAAAACAGGGACCCCAAACUAACUUCCUACCCAAUGAGGUACUGACUGAGGAUGGGUACGUUAAAGUCAAUGCAACCAUGUCUUUUUCAGCCCCCAUCCCGAACGCGCGCUCGCACUUUGCCGUAGGCGAUAUCGCGUUCUGGCCGGGUAUCAAGCGAGUAGGGUCUGCAAUUAUCAUGGGACAGUUUGCGGCGUCGAAUAUUGUCGCUAUGAUUGCUGCUGGAGAACAGGGGAGGAGCGAGAAGGAAACCGUCAGUCAAGACAUGCCGAGGGUGGAGCCGAUGAUGGCAUUGGCGGUGGGAAAUAGGCAGGCAGUCGGGUGGCAGGGGGGAAUGGGCCUGUUUUGGGGCGAAGAACUGUGGAGAGGGCAGUUUGGUGAGGACAUGGGGUUUGCGGUUGUGUUGGGGCAUCUGGGGCUGACUGUGUCGAGUGAGGAAAAGAAGUAA